AUGCGAGCGCUUUGUUUCUGUUCUGUUGCGGAUAAACCGUUGGAAAUUGGCCUGUGUAUUAAAGUCAAGGCGGAGCUGGACGAUGAGAGGCCGCUCUCGGCUCUGUCCGUCACUCUGACUCUGUCUCCUCCCCUCCCCGCCUCUGUCUCUCUGCGCGUUUCUCGGGCAGGAUGCAAAGGACUGGGGAAAGGCGGAGCCAAGCGGCACCGUAAAGUGCUCCGUGAUAACAUCCAGGGCAUCACCAAACCGGCCAUCCGCCGUCUGGCUCGCCGUGGCGGCGUCAAGCGGAUCUCGGGUCUGAUCUACGAGGAGACCCGCGGGGUGCUGAAGGUUUUCCUGGAGAAUGUGAUCCGGGAUGCGGUCACCUACACUGAACACGCCAAGCGCAAGACGGUCACUGCCAUGGAUGUGGUGUACGCUCUGGAACUCCAGGGCCGCACUCUCUAUGGCUUCGGCCGCUGA